CUUUGAGAUCGCGCGUACCGGUUCGCGCGAUUUCACUCUCGCGCAUGUUGCACGCACGAAAUACUUUUAUACUUGUUUAUUGAUUACUUUAAAUUUUAUAUAGGUUGCAAGUUUUGAUUGAGUAGUAUGGCGCGAUUGUCAGUGCUAGUGUUCGGUAUAGUUGGAUUAUGGACACAAGUCUGCUGUCUGGAAAAUGAUAAGUACGAUGAAUAUUCACUUAUACGUAUAUAUCCCACAAAUGGAACACAAGUGGAGACCACCAAUCGCUUCCAAGAUCCUGAACAUUUAAUCGAAGUACUGAAGGGGAGUAGAGGAAUAAAUGAUAGCUUGGAUUUACUGGUAGCACCGCAUCGUAUCAACUACGCACGACAGUUCGCGCUUAAUAAUGAUUUACGAUUUGAACUAAAACAAAAGGAAUAUGGCAGGGCGUUCGAGACGGUAGAACGUGUUCCCAGAAGGAGAGUGCUACGCAGUUUCAGUAUCUACGAUUACAAUUCUUAUACAGCAAUUCAAGACUAUUUGGAAACAGUGGCGAGGAGGCAUCCCGAAUUAGUCACUCUCCAACUACUUGGCAACAGCUAUCAGGGUCGGCGGGUGAAGCUCGUCAAGAUAUCCGCAAAUCCUAAUACUGGCAAUCCCAUUGUAUUUAUUGAUGCAGGUAUACAUGCACGAGAAUGGGUGGCUCCAGCGAUGGCCCUGUACUUGAUAUACAGACUGACCAAUGAUCCAGAAGCAAAACAAAACGAGCUGAAUGGCGUAGAUUGGUACAUUCUGCCGGUGGUCAACCCUGAUGGAUACGAAUUCACCAGGUCCAGCAAAGCUAAUCGCUUAUGGAGGAAGACAAGAUCAAAGAGCAAUGGCAACUGUUUUGGCGUUGAUGGCAACAGAAAUUAUGGCUUCAAAUGGGCCGUCAGCGGGGUGUCAAAUAACCCUUGCGACCGAGAAACGUACGCCGGCCCUAAACCCUUUUCUGAACCCGAAACACAAAUGGUCAGGAACGUCAUGUUAGAAAACGCUAAGAGAUUGAAGCUAUACAUCUCUGUACAUUCGUACGGUCAAUAUUUAGUAUACCCUUGGGGCUAUACAGGCGAUUUUGUCCCUAAAGAAUGGAAGAAAAUGGAUUCCCUUGCAAGAAGUGUCUCAGAUGCUGUACAAAGAGCAGGAGGAAAGCCUUUUAGAGUGAUGAGUGCUGGGAAGUGGUAUCCAGCGGCCGGUGGCAGCGAUGACUUCGCUUUUGGUGCUGUGGGUGUCCCAUACUCUUACACAAUGGAAUUAACAGAAGGAUACGAGUUUCUAUUUCCUGAAAGAUUAUUGAAAACUGUUUUGCCACAGUUUUAUGAAGGUUUUCGUGUAUUCGGCGCACAGAUUAAGAAGGAGUUCAAAAAUUCAAGGUCACCACGAGAUUCUGAAAGUGUGUCAUCUAUUGAAGACUGAGACCAAAUUUUGAUAACACUGAGUUCUAAAUAGGUUUAAAGAAAAGGUUUAAUAAAGAAAUU